UUCCUCUCAUCAUUCUACCUUUCCUCUUCUAGUUACCCACAAACCUUUGGCACAAUGAAGUGGGUAACCUUUAUUUCUCUUCUUUUCCUUUUCAACACUGCUUACUCCAGGGGUGUGUUUCGUCGAGAUGCACACAAAAGUGAGAUUGCUCAUCGGUUUAAAGAUUUGGGAGAAGAAAAUUUCAAAGGACUAGUGCUGAUUACCUUUUCUCAGUACCUCCAGAAGUGUCCCUUUGAAGAACAUGUUAAAUUAGUGAAGGAAAUAAAUGAAUUUGCAAAAACAUGUGUUGCUGAUGAGGCAGCUCCAAAUUGUGACAAGUCACUUCAAACUCUCUUUGGAGACAAACUGUGCACAAUUGCUUCUCUUCGGGAGAGAUAUGGUGAAUUGGCUGACUGCUGUGAAAAACCAGACCAUGAGAAAGGUGAUUGCUUCGCGCAGCACAAAGAUGAUAACCCAGAUCUCCCUCCAAUGGUUAGACCAUCAGCAGAUGCUUUGUGUGCUUCUUUUCAGGCAAAUGAACAGGAGUUUGCAGGACAUUACUUACAUGAAAUUGCAAGAAGACAUCCUUACUUUUAUGCUCCAGAACUCCUUUACUAUGCUCAUAAAUAUAAAGAAGUUUUAAAAGAAUGCUGCUCAGCUGAUGAUAAAGCUGCCUGCCUGAUACCAAAGAUGGAUGUUCUGAAGGAAACUGUAAUGAAUUCAGCUACCGGACAGAGAUUCAAGUGUGCCAGUAUUGAAAAAUUUGGAGACAGAGCUUUUAAAGCAUGGGCCCUAGCACGCCUGAGUCAGAAAUUCCCCAAUGCUGACUUUACAGAGAUUUCCAAGAUAGUGUCAGAUCUCACCAAGAUCAACAAAGAAUGCUGCCACGGUGACCUACUUGAAUGCGCAGAUGAUAGGAUGGAGCUCGGCAAGUACAUGUGUGACAAUAAGGACUCGAUUUCCAGUAAACUAUCGCAGUGCUGUGAUAAACCAUUGUUGGAAAAAUCCCACUGCAUUGCUGAGCUAGAAAAGGAUGAUAUGCCUGCUGACCUUACACCAAUAGCUGCUGACUAUGUUGAAGAUAAGGACGUUUGCAAAAACUAUAAAGAGGCAAAAGAUGUCUUUUUGGGCACAUUUUUGUAUGAAUUCGCAAGGAGGAAUCCUGAUCACUCUAUUGCGAUGCUGCUUAGAGCAGCUAAGUUCUAUGAAGUAACACUUGAGAAGUGCUGUGCCACUGAUGACCCUUCCGCAUGCAUUGCCAAAGUGCUUGAAGAGAUAAAAAAUCAAGAAGAGGAGCCUAAGAAUUUAGUCAAACACAAUUGCGAUUUUUACAAUAACGCUGGGGAACGUGAAUUCCAACUUAAGCUUUUACACCGUUAUACCCAGAGAGCACCCCAAGUAUCAACUUCAACUCUUGUAGAGAUUGGUCACGGUCUAGCAAAAGUGGCAUCCAAAUGCUGUACAAUUCCUGAAGAAAAGAGAAUGUCCUGUGCUGAAGAUCUGAUGACUGUUGGCCUGAACCGAUUGUGUGUGUUGCAUGAAAAGAACCCUGUUAGUGAGAGAGUUACCAAAUGCUGCACUGAGUCCCUGGUGAAUAGACGGCCAUGUUUCUCUGCUCUGGCAGCUGAUGAAACAUACGUUCCCAAAGAUUUCAAAGCUGAGACAUUUACUUUCCAUGCAGACAUCUGCACACUUCCUGAGAAUGAGAAACAAUUCAAGAAACACGCUACAUUUGUCGAACUAAUCAAGCACAAACCGAAGGCAACUGAUGAACAACUAAAGGCUGUUAUUGCAGAAUUUGAAAAAUUUAUGGAGAAAUGCUGUGCAGCUGAUGACAAAGAGGCUUGCUUUGCUGCAGAGGUACUGGAGUUGUCUUCAUUUUAAUAAUUUGCUUUGUUG